AUGUCAUUUCGAAGUGAUUUAAAGCAGUUACUCAAACCUUAUUACUGGAUAAAUAUCCUACUCAGCAUUUCCUACGUUACGUGUAAAAGGACAGCUUUAAUUUGCAAUUUCUUGUUUCCCGAUGUUGACUGCGAGUUGGACAGUCGCGAAACGGAAAUCCUGUUUUUCUUAAUAAUUGUAGUUAUGUUAAGGACUCGAAAAGCGGGCAGUGUAACUAUGGUCAAUUACCUGUCUGCUUCUUUCGUUUAUACGAAAAUUGCUAAUCUGAUACUUUGGUUGUAUGCAGAUGUAAGGUAUGGACUUCCUUAUGGUGCUAUCCUCAUCCUGGCUGCCUUGCUCCUCCCAGAACCAACAUAUACAGGUUCAGAACAUAUCACCUAUUUCCGUGGUCUCCAGACCUUAGAAGAUGAUUUGAAAUGUCACAAGAACAUCAUGUGGAUCAUAUGCCUGUAUGCAGCUUGGCAUCCUGCCUGUGUGAACUUCGCACCUGUGUUUGCAGAGUUGUCUGCUAGUUACAGAUUGGAUAAUUUGAAAUUUGGAAAAAUUGAUGUUGGCAGGUGA